GGGCUCAAGAUCUAAUAUUUGCAGAUCUUGGAUUUUGAUUUCAAAUUAAAGGGGAAGAUCUCGAAUAGAGAGGCUGGCGCAAGCUUCUUCUAGCUUGAAAUCAAGAAACCCAUUUCCCUUAAAGAACUCGUCAACCGUUUUCUCUGUACUUUACCCUUCUCGUUGAAAAGGAGAGAUGACUUCCAACAUUCAACCCACACUAAUCCCAAAGCCCGAGCCAGUCACUGAUUCCUACCCACUGCCUCCGCUUCCAUCCUCUUCCAACCUCGAAGCUAACUUGAACACAGAGUACAACAAUGUCGCAGAGACGGUUCUCUCAGCGUUGGCACAACGCCCCGAGAGGCACGACGUGCUCGAUUCUCUAACCGGCGCAAUAGUACCGGUUAAGGAGGAAGAAGAACCGAUGCCGGUUAGUUACUCACUCGAUGAGCCUUCACCGUCCCUCGUGACGCGAAGGCCCAAGCCGCAGGAGCGCUCUUCGGAGCUUGUGAGGAUCACUGAUGUUGGACCCGAAGGAGAGAGACAGUUCCGAGAAGUUGUAAGGAAGACGAGGAUGGUGUACGAUUCUCUUAGGAUGUUCUUGAUUAUGGAAGAGAAGCGUGAAGGGUAUCCAACGGACAGAAGGAGAGGUAGGGCUGAUAGUAAAGCUGCUUCCAUGAUGAAAGAUCGUUUCUUGUGGCUGAACCGUGACAAACGCAUCGUGGGUUCGAUUCCCGGAGUUCAAAUUGGGGAUAUCUUCUUUUUCAGGCUUGAGCUUUGCGUUAUGGGUUUACAUGGGCAGACGCAAGCUGGGAUUGAUUAUCUCAUAGGGAGCCGCAGCUCUAAUGGGGAGCCAAUUGCUACUAGUGUGAUUGUCUCAGGUGGGUAUGAGGAUGAUGAUGAUCAAGGAGAUGUGAUUAUCUAUACAGGACAUGGUGGGCAAGACAAGCUUGGUAGGCAAGCUGAGCAUCAGAGGCUUGAAGGUGGGAAUCUUGCUUUGGAGAGGAGUAUGUAUUAUGGGAUUGAAGUGAGAGUUAUUAGAGGGUUUAAGUACGAGAAUUCGGUUUCUAGCAAAGUUUAUGUCUAUGAUGGGCUGUUUAGGAUUGUUGACUCCUGGUUCGAUGUUGGCAAGUCUGGCUUCGGUGUCUUUAAGUUUAGGCUGGAGAGAAUCGAAGGGCAGGUUGAGAUGGGUAGCUCGGUUUUGAAGCUUGCCAAGACUCUUAAAACCAACCCCUUGUCUGUCAAACCAAGCGGUUACAUCACCUUCGAUGUCUCUAACAGGAAGGAGAAUGCUCCUGUGUUUUUGUUUAACGACAUUGACAACGAUCAAGAGCCUUUGUAUUACGAGUAUCUCACCAAAACAUCGUUUCCGCGUGGCAUAUUGUUUCAACAGGGUGGUACUGCAAGUGGAUGCAACUGUAUCUCGGGCUGUACCAGUGGCUGCCUUUGUGAAAUGAAAAAUGGAGGUGAGUUUGCUUAUGAUUACAAUGGGAAUUUGGUAAGACUCAGACCGUUAAUACAUGAGUGUGGACCGGCAUGCAACUGCCCUCCAACUUGUCGUAACCGUGUGACUCAACACGGUUUGAGGAGGAGACUAGAAGUGUUUAGGUCGGUGGAAACAGGUUGGGGAGUUCGGUCUUUAGAUAUAUUACAUGCUGGUUCUUUUAUCUGUGAAUAUGUCGGGGUUGCUUUGACAAGGGAACAAGCCAACAUUCUGACCAUGAAUGGUGAUACAUUGGUGUAUCCUGCUCGGUUUUCUUCCGCAAGGUGGAAAGCUUGGGGAGAUUUGUCUCAGGUUUUUCCUGAUUAUGAGCGACCUUCCUACCCUCAUAUUCCUCCUGUUGAUUUCGCAAUGGAUGUGUCGAAGAUGAGGAAUGUUGCUUGUUACAUAAGCCACAGUACUGAUUCAAAUGUCAUUGUUCAGUUCGUACUACAUGAUCACAACAAUCUGAUGUUCCCUCGUGUUAUGCUUUUCGCUGCUGAGAACAUUCCUCCCAUGACUGAGCUUAGCCUUGAUUAUGGAGUAUCUGAUGAAUGGAGCCCCAAGCUUGCCAUUUGUAACUAAAAUCGUCCUUAACCAAGCCGCCAUAUUUUUCCAUGUAAAAAUGAGGUAAAGGUUUAAGAAUUUGAUAAAAGAAGUCUGUAAUGUUAUGCAAGAACUGGUUCCAAAGGAGUCUAGAUCGAUGAAAGAUCUAGCUUGAGGACAGUUUUCGUUAGUUUUCUUCUGUUUUGCUCCUGCACAAUGUACUUGGGGUCAAAGUGUGUACAUCUGAUAUUGAGAUCUAUUUUUUCUUACAGAUUGUAAUCAAGUGGGAGUCACAGAUAUAAUAGAUUUC